GCCUGCUUCACACUCAGAUCUCCCCCCUUCUCUCUCUCUCUCUCUCUCUCUGUGUACAACGCCCAUGUUAGAGUCUCUUUCUACUUUCUCUACUAUCUGUCUACUUUCAGUUUCUCCAGCUGCAGUUGAAUAUAUAAAUUUGCAUAUAUAUAUAUAUAUAUUCCAAGCCUAAAUUUGCCGUAACGACACAAGGGCUUUUAGGGUUUUUGAAGCGACCAUGCCUGACUUGGGCAAUAUCUUGAACACGUCGUUGCUGUCAAUCUCUCGCUGCCCCUGCGCAAACCUUAAACCUGCUUCCGAUCAAUGCGAUUCGGGUGGUUCUACUACGUACCCCAUUCCGGUGCAAACCCUAGGCAGAGACGGCGACAGUUGGUGUUGCGAUCUGGACCAGAGUUUGCGAUUCCCGAUCGUGCACAAGGGGAAAAUUUGUAAUGGCAGUCGGAUUAGUGUUUUUAGGCGGACUCGGACUCGGUCUCGGACUCGGGGGUCGGCAGAGCGAAGCAAGAAGUCAUCGGGAAUGAAGAGUUUGGACGCUUAUGUGAAGGCCUGGGCAGCAAUGAAGAUUGAGUCUGGAGUUCCUGAGCCGAAAUGCUUCCUUCCCUUCCUUGCUGGUUCGCCAAGACUGGUUGAGUGCAGAGUUUGCCAGAACUUAGUCUAUCCUGGGGAGGAGGUGUUAUGCUCUGUUCGUGGUUGCAAAGGUGUAUUCCACUCAACAUGUGCGAAAGAAAAGCUUUGCUUCUCUUCUUUGAAGAAAUUCAAGUGUCCUCAGCAUGCAUGCUUCUUGUGCAAACAAAAGUCAUAUUGGCGAUGUGUGCGAUGCACGUUAGCAUCACAUGAUAAGUGCGCUGCGUUUCAAGAGGGUGUGAUCCAUUUAAACGAUCAACCAGGACGAGCUGUUUGUUGGAGGCAUCCUACUGAUUGGCGGCUGGAGAAGAAGCAUGUGGCCGCAACGAGUGUCAUAGAGGAAAUAUUUUGUCGCUUGCCUCUACCCUACACUAAGGAGGAGUUCAAGAUUGAUUUUACUUGGAAAGACAUGAUGGAGAAUAAAAUGGAGCCACCUCCAUACGUGCACAUUAGACGUAACGUGUACCUUAUUAAGAAAAAGCGAAAUGAUGUUGAUGCUGACAUUGGUUGCACGAAUUGCAGUUCUACACAAUGCUGUGAAGAUUGCGUUUGCAGGGUUCAAUGUAUAAGCUGCUCAAAAGCUUGUCGUUGCUCAGAAAUGUGCACAAACAGACCAUUUCGUAAAGAGAAGAAGAUCAAAAUUGUCAAGACUGAAUUUUGUGGAUGGGGAGUAGAGGCAGCUGAAUCCAUUAAUAAAGGUGAUUUUGUGAUCGAGUAUAUUGGGGAAGUUAUUGAUGAUGCUAUGUGUGAACAAAGGCUAUGGGAGAUGAAGUACAGAGGCGUUAAGAACUUCUACAUGUGUGAAAUACGAAAAGACUUCACAAUUGAUGCCACUUUCAAGGGAAAUUCUUCUCGCUUUCUAAACCAUAGUUGUGAUCCCAACUGUAAACUGGAAAAAUGGCAAGUGGAAGGGGAGACACGUGUUGGCGUCUUCGCUGCUCAAUCUAUUAAGAUUGGGGAACCAUUAACAUAUGAUUACCGAUUUGUGCAGUUCGGACCUGAGGUGAAGUGCCAUUGUGGCGCUCCAAACUGUCAAGAUUAUCUUGGGACCAAAAGAAAGAUUGUCAAGAUUGAUGUUUGCUGGGGUUCAAAACGCAAAAGACACCAAUCCUCAGCUGCUUGCUUAACAAUCGUUAAACUGACAAUUAUACUGAGAAGGUGAUGUUGUAUACUCUGCUCUUACAGUAAAACACCAAUAAACAAAAGAAAUGGAGAAGUGCAAGAAUACUGUCUCAUUUGUCAUUGCUGUUGAUUUACAAUUGCUACAUUCAUCAAAAAAAAUAAAAAAGAAACUUGUAAUUUGUAAGAAUGCAUGUAAUUUCCCCAUAUCGUUGCUAAGUUUUUGUUUGACAAAGGGUACACCUUUCGAAGUAUAUAAAAGGAAUAGUGAAUUCUACUUCUUGAGUAGCGUUGAUGCUUUUGCUAUUCCCCAAUCAUGAUUUAGGGAUGGGAUCUUGCUAUACAUUCUUAUUUUUCUGCAUUUGGAUAUGACUCAAUUGAUCUGUGUGAUUUUUGUGUUUGAAAUGGAGCUGCAGACAUUUCAAUUUUGUAAAGAAUUUAGGAAGUACAAUUUUUAUCAUCCUGUGCUUCAAGCA